CCGUGACAUGGCGGGUGAUGAGCGGACCCGUGACAUGGCGGGUGAUGAGCGGACCGCCAUGGUGAGGUUUGAGGGCACAGAGUUGCCAGUCGGUUAUAGUCAAGUCAGCAUUCCACAUAGCAACUCCCAGGUACAGAUGGCUGAGAUACAGGAGGAACUUGAAGAAAUGAAGGAAAACGAGGAGGAGCUGGUCUUUCAGCUGGAGACGCUUGAGAAGGCACACCAGAAACGCACCCAGCCUAUGAGAGAAGAGCUGGAGAAUCUGCGCAGCACCAUGCGCGAGAAGGAGAGCGAACUCUGGCGCAUUGAACACGGAGAAGAAGUCCGGGUGAAGAAUGCGAACUUUGUCUUCGUGCAAAGUUAUUGGUUCAGCACCCUUUGCUCCCUGGUCAUUGUGGCCAAUCUGGUGGUUAUGGUGCUACAACUGAAGAACGCCAAGCUUUUGGGUGAUUGGUCAAGUACGGUGGAUCUGUGUUUCUUGGUGUUUUAUUGUUUGGAGCUGAUCCUGAAGGGAUUCUGCUACGAAAGCCGUUUGCUCUGCGGCCACUGCCACGUGGUGUGGUGGAACUGGUUGGACCUGAUCAUCGUUUUGAGCGGCAUCACCGAGUUGAUUUUGCCGUUGUUGGUCUCGGGCCAUUCGCCCCUGCAUCUUUCUGGGCUCAGGGGCCUACGCUUAUUGCGGCUGGCACGGCUGGCGCGGGGACUGAAGUUGCUCCGGUAUUUGUGCGAGUCGGACCUCUCCUGGACCCAGCACCAGUUUUUCGAAACCCUGAUGAUGUCCGUCAUUGUUGUGAAUGCGGUGGUGAUGUGGCUCGAGUUGGAUUAUCCAGGGCCACUAUGGAGGUGGGUCGAGGAGUUCUUCCUGGUGAUCUACGUCUUUGAGCUCUGUGCUCGCCUGGCCUACCAUGGUCGCAGCUAUUUUGUGCAUGAGAAUUGGACCUGGAACUACUUGGAUUUCGUCAUCGUCUUCUUCGGCGUCCUGGAGCAAUGGAUGUUGCCGCUGUACCACGCCAUCUAUGCGCUGAUCAUGGGACAUGCCUCUACGGCCACCCUGUCCAUGAACCUGGUCCGCGCCCUGCGCAUUGUGCGGGUCUUCAGAGUGCUGCGCUUGGCGCGGCUGCUGCGAGGAGUGAAGCAGCUGUACAAGCUGAUCCACGGAGUGGUGGAAUCCAUGGCGUCUGUUGGAUGGGUCAUUACCCUUACUUUUAUUUUGCUCUACUCCGCCUCGUUGGUUUUCACCACUCUGGUGGGUCGGGGCUACAUCUAUGCUGAUCCCUCGGAGAUUCCAGAGGAGGCCAGCGAAAAUUUCGGCUCGGUCUGGAGAUCAUUCUUGGCCCUCUUCAAGCUGAUGAACGACGACCAGUCGGUGGUGGAAAAGAUCAUUAGCACAGUGGGAGGUCAAAUCCUCUUCUACGCCUUCAUGAUGCUGUCGAAUUGGAUGAUGUUGGCGAUCCUCACUUCAGUGAUCAGUGACAACAUGAUGUCGGUGUCCAGAGUCAAGGAGGAAGAGGAUCGCAAAAAGGCCAUGUCGGAUAAGCAAGAGCAUGCCAAGCGCCAGAUCACCAAUAUCUUUCUGAAGCUGGAUGAAGACGAAAGUGGCUCCAUUUCCGAGCAAGAGAUGAUGAAGUUGCUUGGAGAUCCGGAGCUCAAAAUGGAACUUUGCGAGGCGGCCGGGCUAGACGCUGCAGAUCUCGUAGAGAUGUUGCACUGCGCCAGCUAUAAGACCAAAUCCGAAGGAAGCGUCAUUUUAUACAAACAAUUCCUGACGAUGUUGCAGGACGAAUCUGCAACAGCCAGAGAGAGAUCCAUUUUCAAAGUGCUGGAGAACAUGCGGGCGAUGGAGUUCCGCUUGGAGAACCGUCUCAACGCAGCGCUUCAAAAGCUGGACGUCACCGACACGGAGCUAAACAACUUGCCGUCCUUGACGCAUGAGCUCGAAAAGACUCGUGGUUUGGAGGAUUCGCCGGCACGGCAUUUGGUGAACCAACUGCUGCCAACAGCCGUGGAGUCGCCGAAAGGAUCGCCGCGAAAAGCGAAGUAACGAUAGUCACGGUGCUGCCACAGUGAUCCCUGGGCCAAAGUGGCCUCGGUAAAGGAGAUGCAAAAAGGCUCAAUUCUGCAUCCCCAAAAAAUAGCAACAACGAUUCAGGGAGAAUCAUGG